AUGUCUGCACCCGUCGACGCCCCCAAGCCGGUUGAGCACCCCGAGGUUGGCACUGUUGGUACCGUUGAGCCUGCGCCUGCCCCAGUAGUAGCGAGCGAGCCAGUCACCGCUGCGCCUGUAGUAGAGGAGGCGCCAAAGACGGAGGAUGUUUCCAAGACUGAGGGCGAGACCGUCGCGCCAGUAGAGGAGGUCAAAGAGGACAAGGUUGUUGAGCCCAUCUACAGCGGUGCGCUCGGCUACAAGGCGCCUGGUCUGAAGAACGCUUUCCGCUUCGCCAAGAAGUACUUCUGGUUCGGCGAGGAGCCCGUUGCCGCCGACAACCUGAGGGAGUACCUCCGUGGCGAGAAGCCCGAGAUUGCCCACCCUGUUGUCGCUUGGUCCAGCCAGACCGGAAAGGGUCUUUUUUUCUUCGUCAAGCACGCAGACCAGAAGGAGCACCCCGCCGGUGUCCUCAACUUGGCCUAUGCCACCGACCUGGCCAAGGACGGCGCUGUCGCUUUCGCGUUCAAGAUCUCCGGUCACAAGCACACCUUCGAGGCCACCACCGCCGCCGAGCGUGACGGAUGGUUCGUCGCCGUCGAGAAGGCCAUCACCGAGGCCAAGGCUUCCAAGGACACCAUUGAGUCGAGCGAGGGCUACAAGGAGCACAAGGAGAAGAUUGGCAAGCCCACCGCGCUAGCGGGAGCUACAUCCUCCGCUCCCAAGAAGAGCAUGGACGCUACCCCCAAGCUCGCCGAGGGCGAGACACCUGUCGCCGGUGAGCCCGCCGCUGCUCGUGCUGGAUCUUCUUCCAGCUCUUCUUCCGACGAAGAGAAGCGCAAGAAGGCUGCUAAGAGCAAGUCUCGCUCCGUCUCCCGUGGCAAGCGCGCCAGCCUCUUCGGUGGCCUGCUUGGAAAGAAGGACAAGGAGCCCAAGGACGAGACCGAUGCUCUCAAGACCGAGCCUGAGGUCAAGAAGGAGGAACCUACCGUUGUUCCUGCCGUCGUUCCCCACCUUGACGAGAUCCCCGCAACUACCCCCGUCAACGCGACCGAGGUGACCCACCCCGCUGAGACCACAACCGAGCCCACCGCUGCCGUUGUCGCUGCUCCUACUGAGGAAGCUGUCAAGGUUGAUGAGACCGCUGCUCCUGUAACCCAGGAGAAGCCCAAGCCCGCCAAGCGCGGUUCCAUCUUCGGAUCUUUCGUUGAGAAGCUCAAGUCUCCUACCACCGAGAAGAAGGAGCACGAGGCUGGUCUUGCUGCUACGCCAGUGAAGGAGAACGAGACCAUCCCCGAGGCCUCCAAGCCUCUCGAGGAGGCUCAGGUCGCGGCGCCCGUCGUUCCUGAGACCACUACCGCUGCCACCGAGCCAGCGGCUAAGCCUGAGGAGGUAAAGGCCGUAUCUACUCCUUCCAAGGAGAAGGACCACUUCAAGUUCGGAAAGUUCUUUGGCUCCAAGGACCGUGCCAAGUCCCCAGCUCCCGAGCCCAAGGUUGACGCUGCCGCUCCCCAGAUCGCGGACACCUCCGCCCCGGCUACCACUGAGCCCGUCCAAGUUGCCGAGCCUGCCCCCAUCGCUGAGACCAAGGUCGAGGCUACACCAGAGACCGAGGCCCCCAAGCAAGACAAGCGCAAGUCGUUCUUCGGCAACCUCGGUCGCUCCCUGUCCAAGGCCACGGGUAGCAAGGCACCCAAGGACAAGAAGGACGCCACCAGCCCUGCUCCUGUCGCUGAGGAGGAGGCGGCUGUUCCCGCCGUUGAGGAGAAGAAGGAUGAGACCACUGCCCCAGUUGUGGGUGACGUUCCCGCUGAGACCAGCGUGGCCGAUGCUUCGAAAAGCGCCAACCCGACUGUCGCUACAACUGCGUAA